AUGGCUAGUUUAUAUAUGGCGUCAGCUCUUAUUUACAGAAAUGCUACAACCCAUAAUAACUUUCGUCUUCCACGUUUCAUAUGCAGAUCCAUGACAAAAACGACGCCGGAUGAUGUUUCUAUUGACGUCCUCCGUCGACGCUCCGGCAAUUAUCAGCCUUCUCCUUGGGACCAUCGCUAUCUCCUUUCUAUCAAUAAUAAAUAUGAGAAAGAAGAGAAAGUGAAAGCUAGAGAGUUAUUGAAGGAAAAAGUGAGGAAGAUGCUUGAUGUUGAGACAAAGAGUCGUCUCGAGCUCUUAGAGCUCAUUGACGAUUUGCAAAAACUUGGGGUUUCAUAUCAUUUUGAGGUACAAAUAAAUAACAUUUUAAUGGAUUUUCAUUGUCAAAAUGGAAGAAGCGGCUGGAAAUGUGACAAAGAAGAAGAUUUACAUGCAACCUCCCUCGAAUUUCGACUUCUUAGACAGCAUGGCUUUGAGGUGUCAGAAGAUAUAUUUGAUGUGAUAGUCGAAAAAAUUGAAAGUGAUACGUUCAAGAGUGACGAUAUAAAUAGUAUCAUCUCCUUGUACGAAGCGUCAUAUCUCACCACGAAAUCGGACUCUAAAAUGCAUGAUAUUAUCAGACCUUUUGUAACAGAACAAAUAAGAAAAUUUGUUGAUGUUGAAACAUGCAACCCUGAGGUACGUGAGAAGGCGAUUCAUGCGCUAGAAAUGCCGUACCAUUGGAGAAUGAAAAGGCUAGAAACGAGAUGGUACAUAGAUGCGUACGAGAAGAAACAUGAUACGAAUCUUGUCUUGAUCGAAUUUGCCAAAAUCGAUUUCAAUAUCGUACAAAUUGCUCAUCAAGAAGAUCUCAAAUACGUCUCAAGCUGGGAUGUAAAUCGUCUUGAUGAGCUCCCCGAGUACAUGAGGUUGUGUUUUCUUAUUCUGUUCAAUGAAAUCAACAGCAUUGGAUGUGACAUUCUCAAAUAUAGAAAUAUUGACGUCAUCCCUUUUCUAAGAAAAUCGUGGGCAGAUUUAUGUAAAACAUAUCUAGUGGAAGCAAAAUGGUACAAAGGUGGUUACAAGCCAAGCAUGGAAGAAUACAUGCAAAAUGCUUGGAUUUCAAUUUCUGCCCCCACAAUAUUGAUCCACUUUUACUGCGUUUACUCUGACCAAAUCUCGCUACAAACCUUGGAGACUUUAUCUCAACACCGCCAAGAAAUUGUCCGAUGCUCGGCCACCAUCCUUCGUCUGGCUAAUGACCUUGGAACUUCGCCGGUAUACAUUUUGCUAUCUUCUAAAUCAUAGUCGUUAUGUGUUCAAAAUUGCAUUUUGCUAUUAACAAAACAUCACGGAACAGUCUUCAACGCUUUCGAUUUU